AUGGCAACCGCAACCGACGUUGAUCUUCACACGGUGCUCAGCACGACGCAGCAGAGCCCGCCAGAUACCCAUGCCCACAGCAACGAAGCCUCAACAUCAACCUCGUUGACUCCCGUUUCGGUUGAACCGGAUUUGGGCUCGGAGGAGGAGGCACCCGUAAAUGCUGCAGGGUCGAUACCCGAGGGAGGCUACGGCUGGACGAUUGUCUCGAUUUGUGCGCUCUUGACGUUCUGGUUUAAUGGGAUCAGCGGCAGCUGGGGAGUCGUCCAGGCGGCUCUUUUGCGGUCGCAGCUCACCGAUACGCCCACGUCGACCAUUUCUUUCGUCGGCACUCUCGGACUCGCCUGCGUCGUGGCAUUCGGGCUGUUCGGGAUCCGUCUGUAUUUUAUGGCGCGACUUGGCCUGGCUUCUGGCCUGGUCAAGUUCGGCGGCGGCAGUGGUGCUACUGUUCUCGCCGUAGCGAUUGACGCACCGAUUAAUCGAGUGGGCAUCCCGUGGACAUAUCGAAUCCUGGGCUUGUGCUCUCUUGCCACGAGUGGACCGGCCGUGUAG